CUUAAACUUCCACCAUGGCGUUGGUAAUCCCCGAGAAGUUUCAGCAUAUUUUGCGUAUACAAAAUACCAAUAUUGAGGGUAAACGUAAAAUCAUGUACGCUAUGACAGCUGUCAAGGGUAUUGGUAGAAGAUUUGCUAAUAUUAUGUGUAAAAAAGCUAAUAUUGAUUUAAGAUUACGCGCUGGAGAACUUUCUGAAGAAGAUGUUGAGCGACUAGUAACUGUGAUGAAUAACCCUCGUCAAUAUAAAAUACCAGACUGGUUUUUAAACAGACAGAAAGAUAUUAAAGACGGUAAAUUCUCCCAGAUCUUGUCUAACGGUUUAGAUAACAAACUUCGAGAAGAUUUAGAAAGACUGAAGAAAAUCCGAGCCCACAGAGGUCUACGUCAUUACUGGGGUCUGAGAGUAAGAGGUCAAAGAACCAAGACUACCGGACGACGUGGUAGAACAGUUGGUGUGGCCAAGAAGAAGUAAAUUAAAAAAAAAUAAAAGCAAAAAAUACCAUUUAGUGUCUUAAUGAUAUGGCAUUUUGCACCUGAUUGGGCUAAUGCAGCAUGAUUUGAGGAACAUUCUGAGAUUAUAGUAAAAUUACCCUAACCUCUUUUUCCAAAUUACCCCCACCCUUCAUGCAGAACCCAAAUAUAUUGUUCAUACCAGACUUGGAGAAAACUCACAAU